UGCAGCGAAAGGGGGUUCAUCAGUGUCACGAAUCCGGAUUUCCCCAGCCCUUUGCCGGCAGAGAGGGUGGGGAGGACCGGGGACAGGGUCAGUGGAAGAUUUCCUUCAGCUCGGCUGGACUCUGAGGACGCACGAGCCACAGUAACUGGAUCUUAUAUGGCGAAAGACAAGCCAAUGUAAGCUUAGCUGCUGUCCAGCUCUGUCACUGUGACUGCCAUUCCUGCGCUGCCCAGACCACCUCCAUCCAUUCAUAUUAGUGUUCAGAGGGAGUCCUGUCUGCACACCAUCAGUCAGUUUUCUCCUGCGUCGGUGUAUUCUGAUGGAUCAGUAUGUCUACCACUAAUAAUAUCGCCCAGGCCAGGAAACUGGUGGAACAGCUGAGGAUUGAGGCAGGGAUUGAGCGCAUUAAGGUGUCUAAAGCAGCAGCAGACCUGAUGAGUUACUGUGAGCAGCACGCUCGUAGCGACCCUCUGCUGGUUGGUGUUCCCACCUCUGAAAACCCUUUCAAGGACAAGAAACCUUGCAUCAUCCUAUAGCUGCGCCCUGCUUUUCCUACCCCACUCACUCACAAACACACACUCAUACACACUCUUGCACAUACAUGCACACACUAACACAUAAAUGUACACUUUUGCCAUCUAAAUAGAUCCCCGAUUUACCCAGACAAAACUUGGAGCAGCCAGCAUCCACACACAAAGAGAAACACAUACGUUCCCAGAAUAGCCACUUGGGGGAAAGCGCCAUACCCCAGAGCAACAGCUAGGGGGCAGGUAUCUUGUGCUCACAGUGGCUAAAAUCAGUAUAUCGCUGAGUAUGAUCCAAGGUGCUUUGGUAAUAUUCACAUAUGCUGGUGAAUUAACUACAAGUGUCAGCUAAACUUGAAAAGGGAUUUGGACAUUAAUGAUCAGUAAAAAAUCAAUAUUUUUUUCUGUUAUCAUGAAAUGAGGUGUUGGUUCGACGAUGGGCAGCUGUGCCAUAGGCAGGCAGUGGGAGGAUGCAUGUGCGAAAAUGGAACGAGUGGUAGGCGCUAGGCCAAUCGUGCCAAACUGGACCUUGUGUCCCAUUUAAAGUUCAAUAAAUGCUUCUUUUUCUGUGGGAGUUUUUUUUUAAAAAGUGUGAGAGCUUCAUUCUUGGGUCAUUUUGGAGCAAGUGGCUAAAGCCUUUGCCUUUACCAGACCAUAGCAUGUUCCCACCCAAACCUGUAUCAACAGACCUUCUCUGCCUGUGGCCUCACAAUGGCUGCCUGCAGCCUUUGGCCAAGCCUCCAGCUGUGCCAACCUGUACAAAAAUUCCUCUCUAGAUGCAAAUCUGCUGUCACUGAUUCCACUGCAGCUCAUGAUAGCCGCUGUUGACUGAUGUCUAAGCUGACCCCAGAUCUGCACCUAUGAGAGGAAGCAGUGAACGGCUCUACACAGAACUCAAGCUAUUAACCGCAGACGUUUACUGCAUUUUUUUCUUAAGAAAUACUUGUUUGUGAAAUCAAUGUAUGUUUAGAUAUUUUGUUGAAGCAUUACUUAACAGAUAGGACAAUACUGUACAUUUUUUUAGAUUGUUUUGUUUUCAAAUAGGUGUUACCCCUGGCAAAUCAGGUUUCUUUUCCUGCUUGCAUUAAUGAAAUAACAGGAUAUCUGGUUGUAAGCCAGGGGUAAUACCUAACCAGAUCUACUGUACAUCAAGCCUCCCUGUGCUUUACCCCAAGAGAGGGCAAGGCCACAGAAUGGUCGCAUCAGAGUAUCAGUCUGCAAGGACUGCAAGGCCGGAGGAGUUAACCCAAAUUUAGAAAGCAAAAAUGAAGGUGUCCUCUUCCCAUCCUCUCUGCUCAUAUUUGAGUAUUUCAAUUGCCAGUUUUUUUAGGGUGAAAAGGAAAAGAAGAGUGGUGAAUAGUAUGAAAAAAAUGGAGGCACCUCUUUACACAAGGGGUUUACAUCUUGUUUUAAUGCUUUGCAAUUAUGGCUAGUAAUCAGAUUACCUGAAUUCACCAGUCUAAAGGUUCCAGUCUCCCCAGUGGAAGAGCUUGCUUUGAUGUGACCUCAACCUGGUCACGGACUGGAUCAGUAGGAGCUGGCAGUCCCCUUUCUCUAUCCCUCCUUCCUCUGCAGCGCUCCUCCUGUCUGACAAACCAAACUUGAUUGUAAAAACUGAAAUAUGAAGAAGAAAAAAAUCAAGUUAAGAGAAACAAACUAAGUGUAUAAACUUUCUUUCAAAUGUGCAGAAGUGAUAAGUUGAAGAGUAGCUGUUUUGGCUUUCUUUCUUUCUUUUUAGUUUUCUUCUUUCUAUGGAGUCCAUGGAACCUGGUCAGUUGAGUUAUUACCCUGUACAGUGUUUGUAAGAUACAAACUCAAAACACAGAUUUCCCCUCUGUGGAUGUUGGAUUUUUUUAGCACUACUUAUCAUGUCAGUCAGGAUCAUGUCUGUCCUUUUUUUCCACUUUUUAUGUCAAUCAGUUUUUAAAGGCUUGUGAUAGCUGAGGUUGGUUUCGGCCACAGAUAAACCAAAAGCCCUGUUUGGUUUAGAGGCAUGCCCCGUUAGAGGAUAAAUCAACAUUGGACCUCAUUAUAGUGGUAAAAACCAACCUCCUCUUCUGACCUUUAACAUCAAUGCUGUCCUUGUUUUGUUUCUUGGGAUUGUUUUUUUGUUUGAUUUUUGGGCAACAGGCAUCUAGACCAACAUGCAACACACACCUACACCUUGUCUUUUGGGCACUUUUCAAGCUUGAGCGAUGUUUGUCAAAAGUUAAAGGUCAACAGCUGUAAGGGCUGUAAGAAGAAUUGGUGAGAGAGGGGAUCUUUGUGCCAUCAUAUUUACACUUCAGCAUUUAGCCGAGGCUGUUGUCAGGUUGGGGUCAUUUGGACAGGGCUUAUAUCUGCUGACAGAGUCAUGAGGGUUCAUCCCGCUGGUUUCCUGCUUUCACAUCACUUAAGGUCAGUAUGACCCAGCUGCUACACAGACUUUGGGAAAUCGCGAGAUUUUAAAGGAGGUGAGAGGCAAGAGUUGUUUGCGCCUACACUUGCUCAUGUGUAUUGAGGAUGUGUGGGGUUUAGACAAGUCAGCAUUAGAAUCAGUGUAAGAUGCUUCAUAAUUACCCACACCAGGGCCAAGUUAUGUCAGAGAGAAAGAAAGAGAAUAAGCAUAUUUCCCCAAAUGGCGAACUAGUCCUUUAAAAGUGCAGCUUUGUGAUUAAUUACAAGUUUAAAUCACUGCUUUGCAUUUCUGUUUUUGCACCCUAGGCAAUAGCUUAUGAUACAGACAAAGAUAGAAGCAUAGAGAGAGCGGGAGCUGGAGAAAGGCCAUAGAGAGGGUGUGCAUUUGUGCAUGUGUGCGUGUGGGAGCUUGUGUUUGGUAGCUGAAAAGGGAUGAUUUGGCAGAGCAGUAGGCGAAGAAGAGAAAAUAGAGGCGUGUGCAGGUUUGUGCGCGCGUGGUCCCCUGUGUUUGUGAAAGUGACAGUGCGUAAAGAACAAGCAGUGCCCCCAGUGCUGCAGUGUUAGAUUGUAAAGUUACAGUCCUGCAGUUCUAGGUCAGGGUUAGUCUGACCAGAGGAGAGGUCAUGUGAUACCAUAAGUCAUAACAACAUGUAUGGCUUCCACUUGUUCCUUUUAUCACUUAAUCAAAGGCCAGUGUGUACAUUUUGGAGAACAGUGAAAAAGGGAUUGUGUCACAAGCUAAAACUGUUAAGCUGAAAUAUGGGAAGACAAAUAAUAACUUUACCAUUAACUAAACCCUUAGAGAAUUAAAGGAGUACUUUUACAUUUGAGAAAAUGUGCAAAUUUGCUCUUUCAAUACUACUUUUAUAUCUGACUGUUCCAUAUGAUGCCAACUCCAGCAGCUGGUUAGCUUACCUAGUCAAAGACUGCUUGAAAACUGCUCUGUUCACUGGCAACAAAUCCCACCUCUCAGCUCUUUUACAGUACACUAGUUAACAUGUUACAUCACUUUGAUGUCUUGCCAUUAUCACAGCGAGCUACUGAGGUGCUGCUAGGCAGAUUUUGUUGCUGCUGGCCUAGCUGCUUCAAACUGUUUAUCUGUAUUCUAAGCUAAAGCAAGCGAGCAGAUAUGAAUGAGUUUUGGCAAGACAAUUCAUAAUUCCUGCAUUUUAUCUAUAGAGAUGAUGAAGAGCUAAGUGUAAACCACAGCAACAGGGACAAAUGAACUCAUAUGUACUUAUUUGGCCUAAGCUGACUUUUUCAAGAACCUGAACUAUUCUAAGUUUUGAGGAAAUAAUUGAUUCCCUGUUAGUCAGAAGUGGAAGGGCAUUUCAUUUUCAUUUCUUUGCAAGCUAAAGUGAAAGAGAAUUCUUGCUGCAGAGGUUUCACACAAAAACAAACGUGCAUGCACAUCUUAUCAGCACACACAUGCACACACACAGUGAUGUCUUUAUAUUGCCCAGCAUAUGCUUUUUUUUUUUUUUUUUUUAUCUUUAUUACUAUCAUUCCAUCCCUGGUUGGGCUGCAAUCAGAGACAGGCAGCCUGGAUUGCUGGUUUGUCUGAUUGAUUGGUUAUUAGUUUGCCUUAUAGUGGGGUAUGUCAUGUUAAUGCUGGACUGGGGGGGAGGGGUUUAUCAGCUCAACAGAAUGAGCAGUCUUAAAAGAGGAACAUGUGGCUCAAGAUGGAAAUUUUAUGGUGUUGUGAGCAAAAAUGCAAGCCCCUCGAAAUUCAUUUCAGGCCUGGUGAGGAGAGCUGAGGCUCCUCGCUGGUGGACUUUCAUAUCAAACUUCUCUGAUUUGACUCUGAGCCCUUCCUGAGACUCAUCUUUUGUGUUCUGAUCUCCUGUGUAUGCAUACAGUAUAUGUAUCUUUUUGCCUUGAUUGAUUAUGAAGAAAAUAUAUCUAUUUUUUGUAACUGUUCUCUGAUGUGCCAUAACUCAUGUUUUCUUGCACACUGUUAAUAUUUUGUGGAUAUUGCUGUUUAAAAAGAUGAUACUGAGAAGUAGAUAACAUUAAUAAAAAGAUGAUAUAAUAA